AUGCCUCCUAAACCCUUGACCCCACCAUCUACACCCUCACCCAAAGCCCCUGACCAGAAUUUUGUGAGACUAUUUUUUGAUCAGUUCAAGUCGUUGGCCUCGAAUGCGGGACUCGAUGCCAUUCUAGCCAUUUACAAUGAGAACAACAAGCUAGCCGAUCAGUUGAAGGUCAAGGACCAGGACAUCGCAAAGCUCAACGAGAAGAUGGAAGGCCAAGAAAGGAACCAAGGAAUCGCGCUGGAGGGAGUACUUGAGACUCAUGAAAGAGAGAAGGCCAGACAUAAAGAGACCAAAGAUAACGUGCAGAGGCUUGAAACUAUUAUUCUUGGCAAGGAAAAGUACAUUGCCGAGCGGAAUAAGGUGGUAGAUGACCUUGGGAAACAGCUGAAAAAGCUCCAGUCCGACAAUGAAAAGGAGAGGGAUAGGCUGGCACAAGCUCAAAAGAACAUCAAAGACUUGCAGAAAAGCAUUCAAGAAAAAGAAACCACCAUUAAGCAGAUGAAAGUGGUGGAGGCAGACCUGGAAGGGAAGCUCGCUUCUACCAAGAAAAGAUUCAGCGAUCUUGAAGAGAAGGCCACUGCCACCAACGGAUUGCUGGAGACAACUCGGGCAAGCCUCAAAAAAUUGGAGGGUUAUGCUGUUGGAUACAGUACAGUAACGGAAGACUCAGCAAUUGAGAGCUUCUGCAAGCUUUGGAGCUAUGCUACAACCGAAAUAUUUGGCAUGUUGAAAAACGACCUUCCUGCCAAUACUCUUGGGAUCACUUCCGCAUGGGAGAAGCUUCGUCAACGUGAAUUAGCACGAACCUACCAAAUCCCCCUUCCAUGUUCCAACACACUGGCGGCGAAGCAGAUGAGGCUUGCCCUCAUCCUGGCCAUCUUGGCUAGAGAGAUUAACAAGCAUAUCUUCCUACCAGCAUACAUCGCACCAGUGGAUAACGAAAAUAACCUAUUUCGGAAGGCUCUCAACAACGAGGCGGCUCUCAACAGCGAGAAAGAGUCAUUUUGCCGAUCGAUUCUCCUGUCGCUAGAUCCACCAACUCAGGAAAGUAUAUGCUUGGAGGGUAUCCAAACAGUGGUGAAGAAUGUGUCUGAAUACUUCUACGAGUUACUCUCGGAAGAGCAGCGCCCCGCUUUCCAUAAUACUCUGAGCAAGGUUGUACAGAACGCAGCGGCUGUCUGGAAACCGAUCCAGCGUAGCAAGCGCAGAUACGAGCUCGACUUUGAUCCGCCGACUGCCGAUGAUGAAUGCGAGGUCUUUAUGUUUCCCAGUUCCAAUAACGCUCCUAAAGAGAAAACUGCCAACCAAAAGAACCCCAACAAGACCUACUUGACUGUGUUCCCCCGAGUGUCUAUUAUCGAAAACGAAGAAAUGACCGUCUACACUGCUCCUAUACAAUUAAACAGUUCACAACCCCAGUGGGUAGCUGCGGAAAGUGAGAUGAAUAAAGAACCAGCUACACCUACCUUUGGGCGGAGGUUCAUGCUAAGGAAACCCAGUACUCCAAAGAGUACAUCCGUUUCAAACGGCGGUUCAAAGAAGGGUAACGGGGCAUAG